AUGGCGGAGUUUUUGUCAGCCAGCAAGCGGCAGCGGCAGCGCUACGUGACCAAGGUGGGCAAGUGCCAGGUGAACCUGGGCAACAUCCAGGAGAAGAAGCGGUUCCUCUCGGACAUCUUCACCACCAUCGUGGACCUCAAGUACCGCUGGUUCCUCUUCGUCUUCAUGAUGUGCUACAUCGUCACCUGGGUGGUCUUCGGCACCGUCUACUUCUUCGACGCCUGGGCUCGGGGCGAUGUCGGGCACCGGGGUGACCCCGAGUGGCGGGCGUGCAUCGAGAACGUGGAUGGCUUCGUCUCCGCCUUGCUCUUCUCGGUGGAAAGCCAGCGGACCAUCGGCUACGGCCCCCCGGUGCGUGAGGGCCACCUCAUCCUGCUGAUGGCGCAGUCCAUCGUCGGCUCCAUGAUCGACGCGCUGAUGGUGGGCUGCAUGUUCGUCAAGAUCUCCCGGCCCAAGAAGCGUGCCCAGACCCUCAUCUUCAGCAAGAACUGCGUCGUCUCCCGCCGGGACGAGAAGCUCUGCCUGAUGUUCCGCGUGGGGGACCUGCGGGAAAGCCACAUGGUGGACGCCAAGAUCCGGGCCAAGCUGAUCAAGUCCCGGCAGACGGCCGAGGGCGAGUUCAUCCCGCUGGAGCAGUCGGAGCUGAACCUGGGCUACGACACCGGCGAGGACCGCCUGUUCCUGGUGGAGCCCCAGAUCAUC